GCCUUUUCCUCAGAAAUGAGGAACUGAAGAGACCAUGUCGGGUUAUGCUGAAAACGUUAUCCUUUUUUUCCAAUAUAGAUGAAAGAAACAGCAGUAAUGGGAGCUUACAAAGCCACUAAGUACACUUUAUUUGUUUGCUGUUACAUAUUCUGGGUGGCCAGUGGUGUCCUGCUUGCUGUUGGCAUCUAUGCUAAAAUUGCCAAAGAAAAAGAUGUGGUGGACACUCUGACGACUGACCCGGCUCUACUGCUGCUCACUGUGGGCUCCCUCAUGUUCAUUAUAACGUUCCUUGGCUGUUUUGGAGCGCUGAGGGAUACAGCCAUACUACUGAAAAUGUUUUUAGGAAUUUUACUGGUCAUUCUUCUGCUGCAAAUCGCUGCUGCUGUUUUGGGAUUUAUCUUCUCAGACAUGGUUUUAGAGAGGACUGAUCUGUUAAUGAAGAAAGCCAUUGUACUCUAUCGAGAGGACAUGGACCUAGAAAAUGUGAUCGACUUUGUGCAGAAAAAGUUCCUGUGUUGCGGAGUGGACGAAUACUCAGACUGGUCUCAGAACGCCUAUUUUAACUGCACUGAGAAAAACCCCAGUCUGGAAGCAUGUGGAGUUCCUUUCUCCUGCUGCGUACGCCAACGAAAUGAGACUGUGUUUAACUCCAUGUGUGGCUAUAAGACUCAGAGCAUGGUGGAAUCAUCAGUCAGGGAGCGUAUCUACACCAACGGCUGCCUGACGAAGAUCGUCCUGUGGGGGAAGCAUAAUCUUCUGCUGGUGGGAGGGAUGAGCAUCAGCUUACUUUGUCUUGAGAUAUGUAUGGUCGCACUGGCAGCCGUUCAGCUUGGUCAAAUCCAGAGAGUUCAGCAGAAGAAGAUGAAGAGCGGUAUACCACAAAUGCGACGAUAAACUCUAAACAUGUUCUUUUACAACAUGCCAUAUAUGAAAAGGCAAAUUAAUUUAUAAUGAACGUAUUUUAUAAAACGUUUUAUAAUGUGAAUGUAGUGAUUUACUGUAGGUCAGGAAUUUAAACAAGACUGUGAUUAGC